UUCCUUAAGUUACCAGUCUUGGAUCUUCUUUUUUGGUGGGAGCCGGAGAGAAGAAUAAUGGCGAGUGACGCCAGCGGAGCAGCGGCGGAGGUAGUUGAUAAGCAGCCCCAUAAGUUAGAGAAGAAAUGGACGUUUUGGAUCGAUAAUCAAUCAAAACCUAAACAAGGCGCUGCUUGGGGCAACAACCUUCGCAAGGUCUACACUUUCGAAACUGUCGAAGAGUUUUGGUGUUUAUACGAUCAGGUGUUCAAGCCAAGCAAAUUACCAGCAAAUGCCGAUUUUCAUUUGUUCAAAGCUGGGGUUCAACCUAAAUGGGAAGAUCCAGAGUGUGCUAGUGGGGGGAAAUGGACAGUUACUAGUAGCAGAAAGCCUACCCUUGAAACUAUGUGGCUUGAAACAUUAAUGGCUUUAAUCGGAGAGCAGUUUGAUGAAGCUGAUGAAAUAUGUGGUGUGGUUGCUAGCGUUCGUCAAAGGCAGGACAAACUUUCUUUGUGGACUAAAAAUGCAGCUAAUGAGGCUGCUCAGAUGAGCAUCGGAAGAAAGUGGAAGGAAAUUAUAGACGUGACAGAUAAGAUUAUCUACAACUUCCAUGAUGAUUCCAAGACAAGAACAUCAAAAGAUAUGAGAAAAAAAUAUUGAUCUUGAUAGCAACUAUGAGAAACUAAAAGUAUGCUAAGCUAAGAAUCCAAGUCUCUCGCCGUUCUUUUUCGCUAGACGAAUGAGCCCUUGCCGUUGCUUGGAAUCGGCCCCUAUCGAUUUACAAAACUCGGUGAUUACCUGAAAAGAAUAAGGUCAGUUGUGUAAUUUGUUAUUUCAAAGACUAUAUAUUAUAUACCUGUGAGUGUAGAGCAAUUGCUUUUCCUCUAAGCUGAUUGAAGCGUUUCUUUCCGACUAUGUUACGAGUGAUGACAACUAAUGGUGCAAAAAGUCCUUUCCCUUCAUUCACGUUUCCCAUCAUUGGGCCAAAACUUAAUGGAUUUUUUCGGAAUUUAACCGUAGUUGUCUUUGUGAGCAUGGUGGAGUAAUCUUCACCGGCUAUGGUGCUGCCCCAGCUUCCAUGGAAGGAGGAAGAAAAGGAAUUAGUUGCAGUGAUGGAUGAAGUCGCCAUUGCUGAAUGGAAAGUUUGGUUGAAGGAGGUUAAAAAGGCAGGAGAUGAGUGAUAACUGAUAUGUGAUGUGAAGCCUUGAGAGCCACAUAUACUUUGGUGGUUUAUAAUUUUGGUUGAUUUUUUUUUAUCUACGCGUUUGAAAGACUAAAUAGAAUAUUCUCUUCUUCGUA